AUGAAUGCUUAUGUCCUCAAAACGUUUUAUGUUCUUCUCUUGGUUUCUUUUCUUGACUCGGGAAUUACUAUGAUAUUGAAUAACUCAAGUGAAGCAAAGUGCAUAGAGAGGGAGAGACAAGCACUCCUCAGCUUCAAACAAGGCCUCAUAUAUGACUUUGGCAUACUCUCCACUUGGACCAUCCAUCACAAUAAUACUGAUUGCUGCAAAUGGAAACGCAUUCACUCCAACCAUCAAACUGGUCAUGUACAACUGCUUGAUCUUCAUGGAAACUUCGACCAUACACCGUAUUUGAGAGGUGCAAUCAAUGUCACUUCUUUGAUUCACUUGCAAUAUAUUCAACAUCUGGACCUCAGCAAUUUUUACAUGAAAUCUAAGGAUGCAAAAUGGUUGUCAACUCUCCAUUCCUUAAGCAUUCUUGAGCUGAGUUCAAUGCAUAGUCUUAGUUCCUCUCACCAGUGGCUACAAAGUAUUAGUAAGCUCAUUCCAAACUUAACAGAGCUGAGGCUAGUUGACUGUAAUCUUUUCGAUAAUGAUAUUCAAUCUUUGUUCCUUUCUCAUUCCUCUAACUUUUCCACUUCUCUUACCGUUCUAGAUCUAUCUUCCAACAUCUUGACAUCAUCAACACUUCAACUCUUGUUUAACUUUGGCCUUCAUCUUCGAGAACUGUAUCUUUCUCACAAUAAUAUAGCCUUAUCACCUUCUCCAUGUCUAAAUUUUCCAUCUCUUAAGAUCCUCGACCUCUCUUACAGUAAUCUUGAGUCAUCAAUGUUUCUGGUUAAUUUGAAUAUUAGCUCCAAACUACAAAAGCUUCACCUUGUAAACUGCAGUAUUAUAGAUAGAACUUUCCUGGUUUCUUCUACAAUGAAUGCUUUUUCUUCUCUUUUAUACCUUGAUCUCUCCGAUAACUUAUUAAAAGCAUGCUCUGUAUUUCACUGGCUUUCUAACUUCACUACCAAUCUUCGCACCCUUUACCUUGGUUAUAAUUUGUUGGAAGGUCCCAUUCCAAAUGAAUUUGGGAAAGCGAUGAACUCUCUUGAAUAUCUUUUUCUCUCAAAUAACAAACUACAAGGCAAGAUUCCUUCUUUCUUUGGUAUCAUUUGCAGAUUACAGAGAUUAGACCUUUCAAAUAAUAAGUUGAAUGGCAAAUUUUCGAGCUUCAUUCGUAAUUCUUCAAGAUGCAGCAGACACAUAAUUCGGCAAUUGAGCUUAUCUUAUAACAAAAUUACUGGCAAGAUACCCGAGAGCAUCAAACUGCUAUCUGAGUUGGAGAUUUUAUCAUUGGAGGGGAAUUCUUUAGAGGGUGAUGUCACUGAAUCUCAUAUCUCUAAUUUUUCCAAAUUAUAUUUCAUAUCCUUGUCACACAACUCAUUGUCUCUAAAAUUUCUGUCUAGUUGGAUUCCCCCAUUUCAAUUAAGUUAUUUGGGUAUAGCAUCUUGCAAGCUAGGUCCGAGUUUUCCUGGUUGGCUCCAGACUCAAAAUUCCUUAAUCCAAGUAGAUAUAUCUGGUAAUGGAAUAAAUGAUUUUGUGCCAGAAUGGUUUUGGAACAAGUUGCAAAUUAUGUACGAGUUGAAUAUGUCUCACAAUAAUCUCACUGAUUCAAUUCCUGACAUGAAAUUACAGCUUCCUUUAAAACCAUCUAUAAAUUUAAAUUCAAAUAAUUUUGAGGGAAAAGUGCCAUCGUUUUUUCUACAAGCUUCCGAGCUCUUACUCUCUGCAAAUAAGUUUUCAGAUUUCUCGUGUGGAAACGUCACAGCUGCAUUGGCGACUUUAGAUUUAUCAGAUAAUCAAAUAAAGGGGCAACUUCCAGAUUGUUGGAUAUCGGUUGACCAAUUAUUGUUUCUUGAUUUAAGCAACAAUGAAUUGUCAGGGAACAUUCCUAUCUCCAUGGGCUCCCUCGUCAAAUUCGAAGCUUUAGUUUUACGAAAUAAUAGUUUAAUGGGUGAAUUGCCUUCCUCGCUGAAGAAUUGCAACCAUUUAAUUAUGUUGGAUGUGAGUGAGAAUAUGUUGUCUGGAUCAAUACCACCAUGGAUUGGAGAAAGCAUGCAACAAUUGCAAAUCUUGAUCAUGCGAGAGAAUCACUUAUCUGGAAAUCUUCCCCUUCAUCUAUGUUAUUUAAAGCGUAUUCAAUUAUUGGAUCUUUCUAAGAAUAAAUUGUCAAAAGGAAUUCCAGCUUGCUUCAAUAAUUUUACUGCAUUUUCUGAAAAGAGCAUCAACAGAACUGAAGCAGAACGUCGUGUUCAUUGGUAUAAUGGAACCUACUAUGAAAUUUAUAAUUUUUUUGGUGGCAAUGAUUAUAACUUUCAUAUAACGUGGAUGUGGAAAGGCGUGGAACGCAGCUUCACACGUCCUGAAUUGUUUCUUCAGAGCAUUGAUCUCUCAUGUAACAAUUUAAUAGGUGAAAUGCCGAAAGAGAUUACAUACAUGCUCGGUCUAGUUUCUUUGAAUUUAUCAAAAAACAAUUUGAGUGGAGAAAUUCCUUUUGAGAUAGGAAAGUUAAGUUCACUUGAAUCGCUCGACUUGUCAAGAAAUAAAUUCUAUGGGAGAAUUCCUUCGUCUCUUUCUGAAAUGGAUUUUCUCCAAAAAUUAGACUUGUCACACAACUCUCUUUCGGGAAGAAUCCCAUUGGGAAGACACUUGGAUACAUUUGAUGCCUCUUGUUUUGAAGGAAAUACUGAUCUUUGUGGGAAACCACUUGAAAAAAGUUGUCAUGAAGAUGAGACAGUGAUAAAGUCUAAAGGAGGAGACGUCCAUGAUGAAGAUGAUAAUUCGGUUUUCUAUGGAGCAUUAUACAUGAGCUUGGGACUAGGAUUCUUCACAGGCUUUUGGGGGUUAUUAGGGUCAUUACUACUUUUGCAACCAUGGAGAAUUGCUUACUUGACUUUAUUGAAUAGACUGAUACAUUAUUUACUUGAAAUGGUUGUAUUGAAUAUAGCAUAG